AUGCCAGAAUCAACUGAACCAAUAACGCCAAAAGCCAUAGAUCCAAUAAAAUAUACAAUAUUUUAUGGAACUUUUAUUCAUACUCCAACUUUAUCAAAUUUAGAAAUUAAUUUAUUUACAUUAGUUGGGAUAGAUCAAAAUGGAACUAUUGAUUUUAUUUAUAAAAACAAUAAUCAAAUAACAAACGAGGAUGAAUUGAAAAAAACAUUUAUACGAAAAAGAAAUGAAUCAAACAAUAACAAAAUUGAACUUCAAGAUAUAACAUUUAUCAACUACUCAAAAGAUUUAUCUAAAUUUUUCUUUCCUGGAUUUAUUGAUACUCAUAUACAUGCAUCACAAUACCCCAAUAUAGGUGUUGGAUUAGGAGUUCCAUUAUUAGAUUGGUUAAAAGAAUAUACAUAUCCAGUCGAAAAUGAAUUUUCAUCACCCGUUACUAAAUUUGAAUUUGCAAAAUUGAUUUAUUCAAAAGUUAUAGCCAGAACCUUGAGUAAUGGUACAACUUGUGCUUCAUAUUUUACUACAAUUGAUUUAGAUACAACUAAAUUAUUUGCUGAUUUAUUAUUAACAUAUGGACAAAGAGGAUUUGUUGGAAAAGUAUGUAUGGAUCAUAAUGAUGUAUAUGAAGAAUAUGAAGAAAGUGAAUCAGAUUGUAUUCAAUCAAUGAAUGAAUUAAUAAAUUAUUGUAAUGAAAUAAAUCCCAAACUGGAAAACUUAAUAAAACCAAUUAUAACUCCAAGAUUUGCACCAGUUUGUUCUUCAAGUUUAUUAAAUACUUUGGGAUCAAUGAGUAAAAAAUAUAACUUACCAAUUCAAACUCAUAUAAGUGAAAAUUUAGAAGAAAUAAAACUAGUUAAAAAAUUAUUUCCUGAAAGUGAAGGUUAUGCAGAAGUGUAUAAUGAAGCAGGAUUAUUAAAUAAUAGAACAAUAUUAGCUCAUGCAAUUCAUUUAACUAAAAAAGAAUCAAAUUUAAUUUCAGAAAAACAAUGUUCAAUAUCUCAUUGUCCUACUUCAAAUACAUUCAUAUCAAGUGGUGAAGCUCCUAUAUAUAAAUAUUUAAAUAAAUAUAAUAUUAAUGUUUCUUUGGGAACAGAUGUAAGUGGAGGAUUUGAUUCAAGUAUUUUACAAAUGAUUAAAUUUUCAAUUCUAGUUAGUCAUCAUUUAUCAAUGAAAAAAAAUAAAUCAACCGAUGAAGAAGAAGAUGUUAGGUUGUCAUUAUCAACUGCUUUAUAUAUGGCAACAAUGGGAGGAGCAAAAGCAGUUGGUUUACAAGAUAAAAUUGGUUCUUUUGAUAUUGGUAAAAAAUUUGAUGCUCAAUUAAUUGAUUUAUCAAGUAAAAAUUCAAAUAUUGAUAUUUUUAAUUGGCAUAUACCAAAUUUUAAAGACAAUGAAGAAGAAAAUUUUAAAAAAAUUAAAGAUUUAUUAGGUAAAUGGGUUUUCAGUGGUGAUGAUCGUAAUACUACAAAAGUAUGGUGUAAUGGUAGAUUAGUUAUAGAUAAAAGUUAA